UGAAGAAGCGGCAAAUAAAUUUGUUUUUAUAUUUAAAAAUUUUAACUACGAGAAGGGUAAAUGUGUUUUGUAUUCACGGGAUAGUAUUUUCUGACAGGCAUAUAUAAGUUGUAAAUUAUUUUAACAAAAAUGUCAGUCGAAUGUGAAGCAGCGUUUAAGGGAACGCAUGUAAUGGCCAUAAGUGCAAUGCAUAGUGUUCAACAACAGCUGCUAGCACUGGGAGAGGAUGACAAUAAGGACUCCGAUAAGCAUCGAGUGAAGUUAGCUUUAUCUAUAUUGCGAUCCAUUUGUUCUGCUGCUGCGAAACCUGAAGGCAAGCAUAAUCGCGUCUACUGUGAUACAUUGGUUCUCGUUCUAUCGAAAUACAUAAAGCCAUCAAUAGGCGCUAAAUACUGGUCAAUGUAUCUGGAACAUGUUCGUUAUUUGCACCACUUAAUUGCGGACAAGAAAUUGUUUGCAGAAGCUAAAAUCAUAUGUGACCUUGUGGCUAGUUUCCCAAGUUAUCUUCAAAGUGAAGGUGACUACAAAGUGGUUUUAGGUAUGUACCUGCAACAUUUACUUGGUCAACACCAUCACACACGCGUGAAUGCCCAUCUGGCACAAGAGCACAUUGCCUGCAUUCUUGACGCACUAAAAGAGUUAUUCAUGCAAAUGUUGCAUUGCAACAAGAAGGACAAUUUUACAUACCCGGAGUUGAUAACUGAUUUUGUGCAAUAUUUAGUGCCAAAGCGCGUUUCCACAGUUUUUAAUUUUCUCGCAUCUCUGCCGGCUAAUAAGACACAAAUGUAUGAUGCUUUCUUUGCUCUUCUGAAGGGCAUUCGUACCUCGGAGCCAACAAAAGAGGACGUGCAAGCUCACUCUCAACGCCACAUAGAGGCACUCGCAGUAUUCUUCCAGCUAGAUGUGUCAGAUAGGUUGCAGCAGCAAUUAGCAUUGCGACAUUUGCGCACAUGUCGUGACAUGUUUGUGUUUGCAAAUGACAAGAGCGCCAACUACGUAUUUUCGUUACUUUAUUACCUUGUGAAGCUAGUCUAUGGAUUGCCCAAUCCUGGGGAGUUCAAAGAAAUAUAUAAAGAUCUUAGUGGAAAAUUAAUAACAUUCUUCGACCGUUAUGGGGAGGGGUUGAUGCAAGAGCGUUGGUUUACAGAUGUGCCUGUUGUUAUAGCAGUGCUUUUCACACACCUGCAACAACACCCCUCAACACCCUUCGGUUCCUUUUGGCAGCAUAUGAAUAGUAUUGAAUGUUACAUAGCCCAUUUCGAAUUAAUACUGGGUUGCAUACGUUUGGCACCUCGCAUUGUUGAAACGAAACUAAUAAAGUUAGAUUGCUGCACUAGCGCCAGAAAACAUACAAUGAUUUCAUUGGUUGUUAGUGCGCUGGCAGCGUAUUCAUCCUACGCCAUAGCAGUAGAUGACACCUCUGGAGUAAGUGAAGAACUCUUCAUCAGCCUGCGUACGCAACUGCUAUUGGUGAUGCGGCAUGGUGUUAGCGUGCUUGAUUCGCUCGCCUGUAUAACUUCUGAGUCCGCAGAAUUGAAGUUGAUCUACGCACGUAUCAUUCAACUUACGUUAGAUAUGCGCACACCGUUGCAAAUACGAUUGUGUAUUACACUCGUUGAAUUUCUUGUACGCAUUCGACACAAGUUCGCGAUCAAAGAUUGGACUCUGCUAUUACGACGGCUAUAUAAAAUGACGCUACGUGCGGGCGACGCCAGUUUGACAGCAGAUCUACAUGCGGCACACAUAGCCUCAAAAAUCCAGGAAUACACUUGGCCCGAUAUUUCGCAUCUACGCAAUAGCAUUGGCAACUUUUACACCAACUCGCCCCAUAUCACAUCUGGUCAAUGCGUUUUACAAUUAAACUUGCAAAGUCAUAGUCCCCUAAAGGUUUUUCUGGAUACGCCACAGAAACAUUUACUGCAUUGGUUGGAGACGCAAGAGUUUCUCAAGUAUCACAAGUCUAACGAACAACUUCAGUUGACCUUAAUGGAUUGCAGUCCAACGCUGUACGGCGAGACGUUGGUUGCGCGUGGCUCUGGCGAUAUUCAACCAGCAGUAGCCACCCGACUUCGCAAAAUGAAAAAGCAGAUAGAACAGAAAUUGGAAAAAACUGCGGGGUUGUCACGUCUGGAAUACCUCUGUGCGGCGCAUAUAAACACGGCGCUUAUUUUCGAUUCGUUGAAGUUACAGAAAGAUAUUUUAGCAGUGGAAAUAAAAUGCCAAGAGGAUAAUCUGGAAGAGCUGUUGCAACGCAAAGAAUUUGCCAUGAUAACUGUAGCAAAUGAGGUAAAAUUAAUAAAGCAAGUUGAAGCGGCAUUGGAAUGUUUCCGGAAAUUCUAUGAAAAAGCGGACACAGAAGCAAUUGUCAACAAUGAAGUGCAUAUCGACUGGGAAGCUAUCAUUACCGAUGUGACGUCUUUAUCGCUUUACCUCCAACUGUCAGGCUACUUAGAUUUAGCCACUGAAGCUUGGAUUCUACACUAUCGCAUCGCAAAUACAAUCGACGAUGAGUACAAUUCACUUCGAAGCCUAACAUAUUUUUGUGAACAUAGUGAGUACUUUCUAACAUCAGAAAAAGGCAUCAAUUUAGCCGAAGAAGUCGCGCGUAAAGAAAAAUUUCUAUUACACGCCACCCAACAACUCCCUACGCUUACCAACAGUUUACAAAAUUAUGUCCUCAUAUGCCUCUGCCAAGUAGCGCAUUAUUAUGCCCGAAAUGGCCAGCUUAGCUACGCUCAAAUUUUGCUUGAGUUAGUGCAGCAAGUGCAUGCUGAGUUGCCCAACAAGCAGGGCAAGUAUAAUGUGGUACUUGGCACUGUUGACAUGGUUAAAUUUCGUAUUUUGUGGAAGCAUCUAGAUAAUGAUCAACAUCAGAUAGAUUCACAACUUUCUCAGCGUUGCAUGCUACGUGAAAUGGAAGGUAUUCUGGAACGUUUUCGUGGCGAUUUUUUCAAACUUUCCAGAAGCGAACUAAUGUCGUAUACGAUAUUGUUGUUGAGCGUUAUAACACAGGUUGCGGAGUGUGCAGCCAAUCGUUUGUGCGAUAAUUUGGUCAACUCUUAUUUCGCUGGGAUUUUUAAGAUUCUGUUGCAGUCAGGCUCAGCUUUGCGCUUAAUACAAAUACUAGCCAUGUGGGCGUGGAUUAAUUUGCAAAUGGAGUACUUAAAAAAGGCGCAGAUCAAAGUCAAAUUGAUUGAAUACAUAUUGGGAGUAAAAAGCCUAGAAUAUCUGCGGCAAAUGAGUGAGGAGGCGGCUGCAGAAAAGAAGUUGGCAGUACCGACAAGUAAUACAGCGUGGGAUUUAAUGCAUUCGGGCAUGGAACCGCUGCGUAAAAUGAUACCGCUCAAUGCAACACCCAUUAAAACUAUGAAAAUGUUACUUAGUCCGUCAACGCGAGGAGAAAGCAGUCUCAAACGUUUUCUAUGUGUACAAGGCAACGAUACGCUUCAACAGUAUCAAAUUCUUCAAUGGUGCUGCUUCAUGGUUGGCUGCUUGAAUGCAAGACUCUACUUUCUUGCCGAUAAUCACGACAAUCUAGAGGACUUUUAUGAAGCUAGUCAGCAAUGGCUAGAGGACCACAAGCAAAAUACUAUUCUACAGAUCAGUUUUCAGAACAUCCAGCUGCUAAGUUUGCAGCAUUAUGUUAAUUACUUGCGUUUGCAUAAGAAAUAUGAAAAGGCGUUGAGCUGUAUUAAAUCGGCUCUUGUUAGUUGCACGGAUAUGAGGGGAAAUGUAGACACUGUGUAUCAAAUAAAUCUUCUACUGCAAUUACGCGCCACCAAGAGAGAGAUGUCUGUAAAGCCAGAGAGUAGGAACUGUGCUGGCUGGCGGCGUGCACUAGCAUUCGACGUCUCACCCGAUUUGGAUGAACCGGAAGGGGAAGGUUUGUUAACAUUUACUACGGUGAAUGUGGUGCCAGCCAGUGCUCGUAAAAAGGUGACAACACUCGGCUUCGAAAUAUUUAACGGCAGUGAGAGUACGCCAAAGCACACAUCCACACAAGUUGCUGUUGGGGCGCAAGGGGCUAGUGAAACGAUAGAGAAACUGGUGCAUAAUAAAAUAGCCAUGCAGCCUUUAGCGGCAUUAUCGAGUGUGAGAAAAAUGAGAAAACAAUUGGCGGCUGAAGCUGAGUUGCAAACUCCGGCAAAAGCAAGUGCGGUUAACACGAAAACCAACUCAAAAUCAUUAACUGCACGAAAAUUGCGUGCAAUCAGAGCAGCAGCAAGUGAAGCGAGCAGCAAUACGUCAAAUUCUACACCUGAAACAGACACUGACGAUAUUUUGAAUCAAUGCCAACGUAUCGAAUCGGUUGAUCUAUUGGACAGUGACGAUGCCAAAAGCCAGCGAAAUGACGUUACAAAUACCGUGGUUAACACCCAUGCGAAGAAACAAAGCGCUCGCAAAGCUAGUAAACAUCGUGAAAAUAUUUUUGAUAUUUGUAAAAAAAUUGAAACGAUUGACUUGCUGGAGCAUGAGGAGCAUACUUUAGUCACAAGUAAGAGUCACACGCCAACAUUGAAUCCACAAAAGCACAAACCAAACACACCAGAAAUCAUUGACAUAUCGGAUGACGCUGAUGACUUUAAAACGCCAGAGUCCACUUUUUACACACUUACAGCGCCACCAAAAACUGCAAACGCCAAAAAGACCACCAAAAAAUCACCUCACACAACCCAAACAAGUCGUAAAAAUAAGGAAGCAAAUACAAAUAAAGCAUCGACGGAAAUGAGCACUUGUGCCACGAGUGAGACAGCCACAAUAAUACCGAAUGAACUGCACGUGCAAGUGGUCGAAAAGAUCAGAGAAGAGACUAAAACCACUACUACUAAAUUGAAUACACGCACCAAAACCGAAGUACGAACCCUAAAGGUGAUAACGAAGGAUACCGAAAUUAGAAUAUCACCCGCACCAAAAACAGCACCAAAGAGCAAAGAGAACACCACCACCAAAGGCAGUACAACUCGUGGGCGUCCGCGGACUACACGCAAAACGCCCAACAAACAAAGCGACGAAAAUGUUGCUCCACCCGUGACCGUCAGCAGAACGCUGAGCAGACGUGCCAGACAAUAAUUUCAAACUACAUUCAUGUUAUAUUUAUUACGUUUCAUAUGGUUAAAUUUCCGCUGCACUUUCUAUGUUUCUUUUAUAAUUUCAGUCUACAUAUUAGACUUCUAGUUUGGUAGAUACUUGAUUUUGUGUGUUAUUAUAUUAUAUUUUCUACUUUGAACAACGAAUUUUUGAACGUAGCUAAUUAAUAAAGCAAGCACUCAUUUUUUAUAGA